CGGGGGCAUGAAUCAGCUCUCACAGCUUGUUAAAGCUAGACCUCUUGUUUUCAUGCCCUCACCCCAGGAAACAGAGUUACGGCUUUUCCAGCUCCACUCAGCAGGGGGCCAGGGUCCUCACUUUAUAAACAUCCCCAAGCCUGCGAGAACAGAGGGCACGGAGAUGGUGUGAGACAGGCGCCCAGGGGAGAGAGGCAGACGCUAAGGCUCAAGGAGAGGAACAGAGGAGAGCCGAGGAGACGAGGCCAGAGCAGCCGGAACGGAAACCAAGAGGGUCCGAAAGAGCUGUGCUGCCGGGAUGGCCCCGAGGACGCUCUGGGCGGGACAGGCUACGGGAACGCGGGGAGGCUGGGGGGUCAUCUGCUUGGUGGUAUCUCUGCUCCUCCAGCACCCGGGCGUCCACAGCAAGUGCUACUUCCAAGCUCAAGCCCCCUGCCACUAUGAGGGGAAGUAUUUCACCCUGGGCGAGUCUUGGCUCCGCAAGGACUGCUUCCACUGCACCUGUCUGCAUCCGGUCGGUGUGGGCUGCUGUGACACGUCGCAGCAUCCUAUCGACUUCCCGGCGGGCUGUGAGGUACGCCAGGAGGCAGGAACAUGCCAGUUCUCCCUCGUGCAAAAAUCUGACCCUCGGCUGCCCUGCAAAGGGGGGGGGCCCGACCCAGAGUGGGGCUCAGCUAACACCCCUGCGCCUGCGGCGCCUGCUCCCCACUCCAGCUAA